AUGGUUCUCUUAGACCUGUCCUCUGCCUUUGACACGGUCGACCACACCAUCAUGGUCAAUAGGCUGCGUGAUCUGGUGAAGCAGUGGCUGAAUGGAAAUAGCCUUCAAUUGAACUCCGAGAAAACUGAGACACUUGUUGUUGCCCCUGAUGAUGCCAUUCCUGGCAUCAAGCAGCAGUUGGGUGACUUGGGCUCAACUGCUGCUGAACUCAUCAGAGAGAUUCCACACCACCAUCUAGUGUCUCCUGACAACUUGACCUACAAACAGCCCAGCAUUCUGAGUGGUCGUACAGAUGUGGUGACGGUCACGCCAUGGUUGGCUCCUGUGGUGUGGGAGGGAACCUUUUACCCAGAUCUGCUGGACAGCAUCUACAAACCCCAAAACCUGACGGUGGCCGCCACGGUCUUCGCUGUGGGGAAGUACACCAUGUUCCUGAAAGACUUCCUGGAAACUGCGGAGCAGCACUUUUUUGUUGGUUUCAAUGUGCACAUCUAUGUGUUCACCGAUCGGCCUGAAGAAGUGCCCAAAGUAGAAAUGGCUGCAGGCAGAAGGUUGACGGUGCGUUUGGUGCCCAGUUCCAAACGUUGGCAGGAGAUCAGUGCUCGCCGGAUGGAGAUCAUCCAGACGCUGAUAGAGGUGGAGCUUCAGGAUGUCAUGGACUACAUCUUCUGUUUGGAUGUUGACUCAAAGUUCCGCGGGCGCUGGGGCACAGAGUCGCUGGGUGAUCUGGUUGCCAUCAUUCAUCCAGGAUACUAUUACACUGACCGCGGCCACUUCCCCUAUGAACGGCGUCCUGAGUCCACGGCCUUCCUGGCACCUAACGAAGGUGAUUUCUACUACUGUGGCGGUGCUUUCGGGGGCAUUCUGGAGCAGGUUCGCCUCCUCACAAAGACCUGCCGUGCCAACUUUGAGGCUGAUACCUUGAAAGGCAUUGAGGCAGCUUGGCAGGAAGAAAGUCACCUGAACAGGUACAUGUGGAUCAACAAACCCACAAAGCUUCUGUCACCAGAGUACCUUUGGCAAGACUUUGCUCCCAGAAGGCGUGAGCUAAAGAUCAUCCGCUUCUCUGGAGUCGUCAAGAACUACGCUGCAAUCCGACCCAACGUCUGAGGGUCCUGAACCAUGGAACCGGUCUGCACUCAGCAUUUACACUG